AUGAGGUCCACUACUUCCAGAUCCAUGACAAGCUCCAUGGCACCACCUACGCCACCACCCAAGAGGCCGGCCAUCAAGCUCUCCACGCCGGUAGUGCUAUUCGCCACUUGUUCCGGUGUUUUUCUUGCUCGCCUACACCCAAGAGCAAGAGCGAUGGUAGUGAUGAUGAUGCUCGGCAAUAUCCCAACCAGCAGCAACACGACAGUGACAGUCGUCCAAGACCGGCCUCAGACUGCUUCCAUGAUUAUACAGGAUACAUUGUAUGGCAGGAAAGGCAUUUUUGAGGAAACUGUCAGUCGUAUCACCGCUGCCACAAACAUUGUUUCUGUUCUUCCUAUAGUUGGUCCUGGGGGUAUUGGAAAGACAACUUUCACCACUCACCUGUACAAUGAUGCAAGUACUCAAGACCACUUCCAAGUCAGGGUCUGGGUAUGUGUGUCCACUGAUUUCGACGUGCUUAAGCUCACCAGGGAGAUCCUUGCCUGCAUACCUGCAAGUGAAGAAGGAGGAAGCAGCAGUGUUGCAAACGAAACAACCAAUUUAGACCAGCUUCAGAAAUCCAUAGCACAACGUAUCAAGUCCAAGAGGUUUCUGAUUGUAUUGGAUGAUAUAUGGAAAUGUGACGGCGAGGAUCAGUGGAAAACCCUGCUAGCUCCGUUCACAAAGGGGGAAGCCAAAGGAAGCAUGCUACUCGUCACAACUCGAUUCCCAAAGGUAGCAGACAUGGUGAAAACAGUUGAUCCACUAGAGCUGCGGGGUUUGGAGUCUAAUGACUUCUUCACAUUCUUUGAAUCAUGUAUAUUUGGUGCAGACAACAAGCCCGAGCAUUACGAAGAUGAGUUUGCUGGCAUUGCACGAAAAAUUGCAAACAAGCUAAAAGGUUCCCCGUUGGCAGCCAAAACAGUUGGUAGGUUAUUGCACAAGGACCUUUCUCAGAAACAUUGGAAUGGAGUUCUUGAAAAGCAUCAGUGGCUAAAGCAGCAAAAGAAUGAUGAUAUCAUGCCAUCUUUAAAGAUUAGCUAUGAUUGCCUCCCUUUUGAUCUGAAGAAAUGUUUUUCCUGUUGUGGCCUUUUCCCUGAAGAUCAUAGGUUUACUUCUUCAGAAAUCAAUCAUUUCUGGGUUGCAAUAGGUAUCAUAGACUCUGAUCAUCAAGACGAUAGGAACUACUUGGAAGAACUAGUGGACAAUGGUUUUCUCAUGAAGGAACCAGUGGACAAUGGUCAUCGGUACUGCUAUGUAAUGCAUGAUUUAAUGCAUGAGCUAUCUAAGAUUGUUUCUGCACAAGAAUGCCUCAAUAUAAGUGACUUAGAUUUCAGAGCUGAUGCCAUCCCACAAUCUGUUCGCCACUUAUCUAUCAACAUAGAAGACAGAUAUGAUGCAAAUUUUGAGGAAGAAAUGUGUAAACUGGGGGAGAGGAUAGAGAUUGCUAAUCUACAGACUUUGAUGAUUUUUAGAGAAUAUGAAGAAAGAAUCGCCAAGAUUUUGAAAGAUAGCUUCAAGGAAAUAAACUGUCUGCGUGUUCUGUUUGUAGUGGUGAAGUCUGCACAACCUUUUCCAUAUAGGUUUUCAAAACUUAUCCACCUCCAGUACCUCAAAAUUAAUUCAUCUCUCGAUGGUGACAGGGAAAUGAGGUUACCUAGUACACUAUCAAGAUUUUAUCACUUGAAAUUCUUGGACCUAGAUGGUUGGCAUGGUAGCUCUAAUUUGCCUGAAGACUUUAGCCACCUUGAGAAUUUACAUGAUUUCCAUGCUCGAAGACAUCUCCACUCCAACAUUCGCAAUGUCGGAAAGAUGAAGCAUCUGCAGGAGCUAAAAGGAUUCCAUGUUAAAAAGGAGAGCAUGGGAUUUGAACUGUCAGAACUUGGGGCAUUGCCAGAUCUUGAAGGAGGACUGUUUAUAUGUGGUCUUGAACACGUGGCAACCAAGGAGGAAGCUACUGCAGCCAAAAUGAUGUUGAAAAGGAAUCUGAAGGAGUUGGAAUUAUUCUGGGGCAGAGAUGGACCAACUACAGAUGCCGGUAUUAUUGAUGCUCUUAAACCACACUCUAAUCUUAGAGUACUGACAAUUGUAAGGCAUGGUGGUAUCGUUGGUCCUUGUUGGCUGUGUCUUGACAUGUGGUUAACAAGUUUAGAGACUCUCAGUCUACAUGACGUAUCUUGGAGCAACCUCCCACCUUUUGGGAAGCUACCAAAUCUCAAGGGCCUCUAUUUGAAUAAAGUUUCUGGAAUGCUUCAGUUUGGGCCUCUAUGUGGUGGCGCUCGAGGGAAAUGUUUUAUGCGCUUGAAGGAAGUUGGGUUUUAUGAGAUGCCAGAACUUGCUGAAUGGGUUGUGGAACCUAAUUGCCAUUCCUUUCCAAGUCUUGAAGAAAUCACAUGCAUCGAUUGUCCCAAUCUCCGUGUGAUGCCCUUGUCGGAGGUAUCUUGCACCAAUUUGCGGAGACUUUAUGUUUCCGGGUGCCCCAAGAUGUCUCUGGCCUCCAUGCCUCACACCUCCACACUGACACAUUUGGAUGUUAUAAGAGGUGGAAGUCCUAAUCCAGAUAAGUUGUUGUCUUAUGAUGGAAGGAAAUUGGUUGUUAGAGAGUAUGGCGGUGCUUUGGCCUACCACAAUCUGGAUAAAGUAGAAGAUAUGGAUGUCGGAAGAUGCGACCAUUUGUUCCCUGAAGAGCUGGAUGGCAGUAUUAUCUUCUGUUCAGUUAAGAGUCUCAAAUUAGAUGUAUCUCAUCUUACCAGCAAAUCAUCAUCUUCAAAAGUGGUAAACUGUUUCCCAGCUCUUUCUGUGUUGAAGAUAGAUGGAUAUGGACACCAUGACUAUGAGGUGGAAUGUGUAAUGCAGCAGUUCCCAUCAUCCAGCUCACUGCAGAAACUUACCUUGUCAAGGUGUGAGGGCGUGGUUCUUGUGCCUGUGGAGAAGGAGAAUGGAGGAGGAAUUCAGGAGGACAAGUCAUUGCUCCAAUCAUUAACAAUAUUCAGCUGUGGCAAAUUGUUCUCUCAGUGGCCCAUGGGAAUGGGAGAAUCAGAGACCAUUUGCCCUUUCCCUGCUUCCCUGAGGAAACUUGAUGUUCACGGAGAGCCAAGCAUGAAGUCAAUGGCUCUGCUCCCAAACCUCACGUCUCUCACCAGUCUAAGUCUGUCAAGCUGCAGUAAUUUAACAGUGCACGGAUUCAAUCCUCUCAUCGCAGUCAACCUCGUACAACUGCAAGUUCAUAAUUGCAACACCUUAGCAGCUGAUAUGCUCUCAGAGGUUGCCUCUCAGAGGGCCAAAUUAUUGCCUGCGGGUUACAUCUCUAGAUUGGAGAAACUCAGUGUGGAUGACAUCUCUGGAUUGCUUGUUGCUCCUAUUUGCAACCUCCUCGCCCCGGCCCUCCGCGAACUUUUAUUCGAGGAUAAUGGGAUGGAAGGCUUCACAGAAGAGCAAGAUAAAGCGCUGCAGCUCCUCACCUCCCUCCAGAAACUAAGUUUUUCCCAUUGCAAGGGUCUGCAGUCCCUUCCUCAAGGGUUACAUCGCCUUUCUUCUCUCAAGGAGUUACAUGUCAUUCAGUGUGCAGCAAUCCGAUGGAUGCCAAAGGAGGGCCUCCCGGUUUCGCUGAGAAAACUACAUAUGGAUUGUCGCAGCGCUGAGAUAGACGAGCAAAUUGAGACAAUCAAAAGAACCAACCCAGAUUUAUCCAUCUCAUAUUACCCCUCAAGCACCAGCUGUGAGAUAGACCUGAGCGCUUUAUUCGCAUGA